AUGUCCCGUGACUACACAGCAGAGCUAGAAAAAUUUCUCAAACUAGCCGAACCAUACCUACCGUAUGUUUUAUGGCCGCUUGGAGUGUAUGGUGCUACGAAAAUAUUGUCCUACUUGAUACCUGGGGCUCAUCGAAGGUCGAGGCUGAAUCUUAAGGACAAAACCGUUCUAAUCACUGGUGCUUCUUCUGGUCUUGGGCGAGCUUUGGCGUUCGUUUUUUAUGAGAAGGUAAGGGUUUACUGUGGCUUUUUUGAAUUUAAAUUUAAAAGCGGGAAAAAUUGAGCUUCAUAGGCUUAAGUAGGACACAGAGGUAUAGGUGGUACAUAAUAAAAGGUUUACAGUACAAUUUUAAGCUUAAAAUAUGUAUAAUUUCGUAAUUUUUAUGUAAAGCAUAUGAUUUAAGGGAGCAAAAGUCAUUGUAACAGCCAGAUCAAUUGAACAACUCAAGUCUCUAUGUGACGAACUACAACAAACGGGUACUGAAAAGGGCUGGAACAAUCCGCACAAGCCCGAAUACAAAUACCUCGACCUGGUUGAUCUGGUAGACGAUGCGGUAGCGACGCGACAACUGAACGAAAUCAAAUUGUUAGCCCUAAACAAUGGUGUUAUUGAUGUGUUGGUCAAUAAUGCGGGUUUGUCGAAUCGCGGAUCGUGCCAGGCUACUGAUGUGAAUGUACAGCGAAAAGUGUUUGAUGUCAACUACUUCGGUGCUGUGGCCGUGACCAAGGCUGUGUAUGAUGCUAUUCCGGACGAUGGUGCUAUUGUUACUAUUGGCAGUAUACAAUCAAAGGUCGCGUUACCAUAUAGGUCGGCUUAUUCGGCUAGUAAACAUGCGCUUAUGGUAAGUAAUGCUAAUAACCUUGUAUUAAAACUCCACAAACUUUUUUAGGCAUUCAUGGACUCCUUGCGAGCCGAAGACCGUCCUACACUUCAAGUCCUCAACGUGUUCGCAGGCUACAUGAACACCGGUUUCGGAUCCCGCGCCCUCAACGCAGACGGCAAAAAGCACGGCAUCGAAGACAAAAACCAAGCCAAGGGAUAUAGUCCAGAAUACGCAGCCAAAGUAGUUGUGAAGUCACUUUGCAACCGAGAAAGUGAACUUGUUUUAGCUCCUUUGUCCAGCUCCAUUGCCAUUUGGCUACGGUUAUUGACGCCAAACUUGUUGUCAUGGGUUUUGCAUCGUCGUGCUCGUAAAGAGAUCGAAGGAUAUGCCAAACAAGAAUGA